AUGGCGGAUUUGGAUCCGAAUGCGUGGUAUCGCCUCUCCGAGACUCGCGUCGACAACAGCACCGGGCCCUUCGCCCUCAACCUCCAACUUCGCACUGGCACCGGCCUCAGAGUCCAUCCGAUAAGUGACGGAAAGGCGGCCUGGCAGUUCCAACCUUAUGGUGGUGUCAAAGGCCGCUACUUUAUGCGCCUCGAUCAGGUUGGAGUGAAGCAACAGUUGGCCGUAUGCCACGAUCCGACCGAACCGACUUCGGGAAAUACCGUUGCGUGUAUGCAAGACUCGGCCACCGUCGACUCUCAAUUAUGGGAUGUUUCCGACUUCGGAUCAGGCACUUUCAAGUUCGUCAACGUCGGCAACGGAAGCAGUUACGUGCUCGACGUGCACCCGAACUCCAACCUGUUCAUGUCUAGCGAAAUUGAGGGAUCACCGAGCGUCGCAGAGAAACAACCUGCUCAGCACUGGGUUAUGUCAAGCAUUAGCGCCGUCAACGACGGCGCCUAUUCCACUAUUUACAGCAGCAACGUCGCAGUAAGCACUAGCUCGGCGUCGCUUUCGUCCUCCAGCACAACCACCCGACCAACCACGACUUUCACCACUACACGACCGACGCAAACUACUGCGAUGGCGGGACUCGACGUCUCUGCGAUCGCGAUGGGCGCGACCGCGUCGAAUUCAACCGUUUCAGCAUCCAAGGGGAUCUCAACAGCAGCAGGAGCAGGUAUCGGUGUUGCUGUCGCGCUCAGCGUGGUGGGAUUAAUAGGGGCAGUGGCCUUCUUCUGGUGGCGGCGAUCACAACGACCGGCGAAAACAAAAUAUAGCGAAGUCGAGGCGAAAAACGGCGAUGUCCCUGACAGAAGCUCUUCAAUAGGGAUUUCACCAAAUGGCGAGAGUGCGCCAUCUUCGUUACACGGCAUCUCUCCAACCGUUGGGGUCUCUAGUUUGUCGUCAUGGCAACCUGCCUCUUCAGUCUCUGUACCGCCAGUGUCAUCUUUCAUCAAUGGGCAGCAACAGCAAACUGGAUAUUACGUAGGAGGACAGCAGCCAGUACAGGGCGGGCAGCAGGGUGGAUAUUACGGCGAUCAGCAACAAACCGGGUACUACAUUGAUCCUCAAACGGUAUCUACGAUUGGCGGGCAACAGGCCGUUGUCUAUAUCGGUGGACAUCCGUCGACAGUUCCCGAGCAGCAACCCACGACGUAUAUCGGCGCACAAAUACCGGCUGUGGCUCAACCGGCUGGGUCAUAUGCCAGCGGGCAGCACUCGGAUUCAUUUGAUGACGGUGAUGCGCCAAUCGCCUCGCUCUACGGACAACGAAUCAGAUCGUUGAAUAUAAAACAACAAUCUGGCGCCUCAAUUUAUGGCCAGCGGACCACGCCUUCGAGCGCGUCCGCUUCACUUUAUGGACAGUCAACUGGGGCUUCGAGCAGCCCUACGGUCCUCCGUCACCAGUUCGACCACCCCACAGCCGCGACCGAGUUUGCUCCAGGAGCAGCCAAAGCUGUCGAGUCUUACUCGGCAUCCCGAGGCGGCUAUGGGACCAAUCAGAAUCAGACGAGUUCUACGGUCAACCUUGCCGACUUCGAACCGAUGCCGCAACCGCACGAACUGGAGACGGCGGAGCGAGAUAUUGUGCGCCGCCAACACGAAUUGGGCUCAUUCCAUCAUGGACCCGACACAUUCAUGAAUAACCAGACCUCCCGGGCAAGAGCAGCAUCAAGAGCAGCAUCAACAGCACCCAAAGCCGAGCUGAGUGCAUACCAGCAUGGCCCAGAUACUUUUACUCAUAACGAGGCGAAGAUGCUGGGCGCACCGACGGCCGAGCUCGGUGCUUACCAGCACGGGCCCGACACUUUUGAGAAUGAACAUGAAGCCAAGGUGCUAGGCGUUUUUCACCCAGGGACGGAAUCAUUUGCGCGGGAGCGGGAGGACAAGGUACUUGGCAACCUUCACGACAUAAUGAGCAUGGCGAAGCCGGCUGGGCGGGGCGGUGCAGAGCCACAGUCGUAUGAGAUGAGCCCCAUGCGGCCAUCAGCGCGAGAUCACGGCGACACCAACAGAUGA